CAGAAAGCAAAAUCAUCAAGCAGCAACAGGAAAUGUUGGGGUCCUGAGAGGCAAAUGCCCCAACAUGUGAAGCCAGGUGUCUACUGUGAUACUUUUCCCCUCCAGACUUUCAUAAACCUCAGCUUGGCUGCCUGGCUGCCUUCCUCUUUUUUUUUUUUUUUCUUUUGUCCUUGUGGUUAAACUCAAGGCCUUCAGCUUGCUUCGAAAUCUACCCCUAAACCACCUCUACAAUCCCUUUGCUUUUAGGGUGGCUGUGUUUUGGUGGAUUUUCUUUCUUUGUUUUUUUUUUUUUGUCAUUUGUUUUCCAGAUUGGCUCUCUCCCUGACUUUGCCCAGGCUGGCCUCAAACAAUGAUCCUCCUGCCUCUGCCUCCCAAGUAGCUCACAUGACACGAUGGUAGCACCUCAUCUUGCCAGCCAGCUGCUCCCUUUGAAAAGGCCCAGGAAAACACUUGUGGUUAAUGAGUCUCAGAAAACUGAAAUGAAACUUCAAAGUAAAAGUGGCAGAGGCUCCUUUAGUAGAGGCUCAAAGAAGAGGGUGGGGUGGGGUGGGGGGAGGUUGAGGAGGUCCCACCCCUCCCUCUAAGUAAGAGGAAAGUGACCAGCCAGGACAUGGGGGAACGGCUUCUGGCUAUCCAUUAAAAAUGCUAAGUGCAAAUCUGCAAACACCAUUCACCCAGAGGCUCUGGUCGCCUCUGAAACCUGGUGGUGGGGUGCAAAGAGAGCAGAGGCCGAGUAAAGAAGGGGAGCCACGAGCACAUGAAGGUCACUCCCAGACCCCCGGAGAUGUCACCUUCGUUGCUGCUGCUGCUGCCACUGCUGCUGCUGCUGCUGAACUUGGAUCCUAUACAGGCUUCGCUGAUCCGGGUGCCUCUUCGCAGAGUCCGCCCUGGACCCAGGACCCUGAGCCCACUGAGAGCCUGGGACUGGGCAGCAGCAGCUCCGGGCCUGGGGGUCCCAGCCCCUGGGGACAAGCCCACCUUUAUGCCUCUCUCCAACUACAUGAACGCCCAGUACUUUGGGGAGAUCGGUCUGGGGACGCCCCAACAAAACUUCUCUGUGGUCUUCGACACUGGCUCCUCCAACUUCUGGGUCCCGUCCAGGACCUGCUCCUUCUUCAGUCUGCCCUGCUGGUUCCAUCGUCGAUUUGACGCCAAAGCCUCCAGCUCCUUCAGGCGCAACGGGACCAAGUUUGCCAUUCAGUACGGGACGGGACGGCUGGAAGGGAUCCUAAGCAAGGACAAGCUGACCAUUGGGGGGAUCUCGGGUGCAUCAGUGACUUUCGGAGAGGCUCUGUGGCAACCCAGCAUCGUCUUCACUUUUGGCCACUUUGAUGGGAUACUGGGCCUUGGUUUCCCCAGUCUGGCGGUGGGAAGAGUUCAACCCCCGCUGGACGCUCUGGUGGAGCAACGGCUGCUGAAAAAGCCGGUCUUCUCCUUUUACCUCAACAGGGACCCUGAAGGGGCAGAAGGAGGAGAGCUGGUCCUGGGGGGCUCGGACCCAGAUCACUAUAUCCCACCCCUCACCUUCAUGCCUAUCACAAACCCCACUUACUGGCAGAUCCACAUGCAGUGCCUGAAGGUGGGCACAGGGCUGACUCUGUGUGCCCAGGGUUGUGCUGCCAUCCUGGACACAGGAACAUCCCUCAUCACGGGACCCAGUGAAGAGAUCCACGCCCUGCAUUCAGCCAUUGGGGCAUUUCCUCUCUUGGCAGGGCAGUACCUCAUUCACUGCUCCAGAGUCCCAACGCUCCCCCCGGUCUCCUUCCUCCUGGGUGGGGCCUGGUUUAACCUCACAGCCCAGGACUAUGUCAUCCAGAUUUCUCAGGGUGGCUUCCGCCUCUGCUUGUCUGGCUUCCAGGCCCUGGACGUGCCUCCGCCCGCCGGUCCCUUCUGGAUCCUCGGCGACGUCUUCUUGGGGACCUAUCUGGCCAUCUUCGACCGCGGGGACUCGAACGCGGGAGCCCGCGUGGGCCUCGCGCGCGCGCGUCCUCGCGAGGCGCAGCGGAGAGGCGGCAAUGCGCACGCGUAGUUUCCCCAGCAAGCGCCCAGGCUAGACGCAUGCGCGCUGGGUUGCAGCUGCUCAGUAAAUACUAUUUUCAUUGAACGAACCUCCCUGUAUUGCUUCCUGUAAGCACGUGUUUCUUGGAGAGAAAAAUUAGUAUUCAGAUCCAGAGAGCUCAUGAAGAGAGGGGGAAGGGCACUGCUCCCGUUCUAUUCUGAGAGACUCACUCUGGUGAAGGGUUCUUACUACGAAUCCCAUGACGCCCCUGGCCUACCCAGCCUCUAGUUAAAGGCGCCCACACCGCGGAGCAUCACGGGUGUUGUAGUCCUCACUAUGUUCCCGUUCCGGCGGGGGCGGAUGCAGCCACAACAAGCGUUGGAGGCGACAGGUCGCGAUAACAGCGACAGGUGGCAGUGUGUGUGUAGGGGUGGGGAGACUUUCCUGAAAGCGGUAAAACAUUCUGAACCUUGUGCUAAGAAAGUGGUUUCCAUUCUUGAGGACCUCCUCUGCUCUCCUCUUGGGAUUCUAAGAUCCCUGGGUCCUCCACCAAGGCGGAGCUUGAAUACCCCCCUCCCCCGACUCCGAGUUUUGGGGAACGGUGCUGCCCCUCCUCCGGCGAUGAUGUCACUCACCCCUCCGCAAUCUCUUGCUACCCAGAGCUGCCAAGGCUGGGUCACCCUUCCCCCCCAUCGCAAGACUGGGAUCCCCCCUAUCCCUGCCUCGCCUGGACUUGGAGUGAGUAUGGGGGAGGGAGCUGAGGCUUAGGUCCGUGGGUGGUAAGGCAUCCCACCUCCCAGUUUGGGAGACCGGGACUCAAAGAUUACAUCGGAGAGAUCCCCCUACAUUCUGAGUUUUGGGGGCCAAGAUAUUGGA